GAAAAUAAUUUAAAUUAAAUUAUAUAUAAUCAUGGUAUUAAAGUAAAUUAAGUAUUGAUAUUUGUUGCAUUUUGUCAUAAUGAAUAAUUUCUGAUUUUAGAUAAUUAAAUCGCAUUUCUAUGAAGAUUUAUGAUUUCUUUUUAUAGUUACAAUUGUAUUUCUAGAUAUGAGUCUAACAAAAUAAUAUUUACUAUAAUUUAUUUUAUCAUUAUUAUAAUUUAUUUAUUAAAUUUAAAUUCUAUUUUUCAUUUCUAUCUAACCAUUUUCAUAAAAAUUCAAAUCUUCAUCAUCUUCAAAUCAUUAAAUCAUCAUUAAAUCAAUUCAAUAUAUUCAUUUUACUUUUGUUCUAUUUAAUUUACGUAUCGAAGAAGAUCGCAACAAAAUUAAGACAAGUUAAUAAAAUUAUUCUAUAUUUCUAUAUUCCAUGUCUCUCAAUGCUUUGGAAUCGGUACUCGUGCAUAUGCCAACAGAAUGUACACGCCAGUGGAGAGUGGCAAAAUCAUCCACUCGACUCAAGUCAGUUUCUCCUCUUCCUUCCAUUUUUUCUCCUUCUCUUGGUCUUCUUUCUGCUAUUUCUCCUCUCUUCCAUCACCAUAAUCCUUCUUCUUUUCCUUCAUCUUCCUCUUACUUUUGGUCGCUGUCGACGAUUUUCCAUGCACUGGCAGCGAGUGGGCGGUGGACGGUGCAAUUAGCAUACUCGCGUGAUCAAAGCGGUGGGACACGUGCGACAAGAAUUAACGACCACCAACGGGACGACUCUUUCUUCGCGGAGUGUGCGCGCGAUAAAUCGCGCUUCCGAUGCCUUCGUCGACACCAUGCAGCCCACGCGUACCCCCCACUGCUCGUUUGUCCUCGAGCACGCGGCGGCGCUCUCUACCGACUGUUUUCUGAUCCCUUUCGCGAAUAGACUCAUCUAGAACUCGCAGCGAUAUUUACCACUAGAGCUUUCGGCAAUCGUUUCGUACAAAUUUAUAUAUAGGCACGUGCAUUCUUUACUCCAUCAAUUGUUAAACAAAACGGAAUGUGAUUGUUUGAAUCAGUGAUUUUUUUCGCUAAAAGUAUUUAAAAAUUGACAUAUUCUAAGAAAAUGAUUUAGUAUUUAGUUUGUUUUUAGUGGAAGAAAAAGUGAAGAAGUGUGAAAUGAGUUUGGUGUAAUUGAUCAAGAUUGAGGUUAGAAUCGAAGGUUUAUAGAAAAUUAGUUAAAAUUGAAUGGUUUAAAAUUCUUCAUACUAUCUUUUGGUAUUAAUUUGAUGUAUUUGGGUGUGGAGCCGCGAUUGAACAGUGGAUUGAGCCCUGGAAGUGGUGGCGAUGGCCAAGCGCAGAUCAUUGGUGCGGGUGUGAUUGGGCCAGCGAGCGCCGAAAAGAACUGCAAAAGCACGCACCUGACUGCGAAACAGCAGGCGAUAUGCUCCCGCUCUCCGCCAGUCCUGCAGGCAGUAAGUGCUGGCGCGAGAUUGGCGAUUGAGGAGUGUCAGCAUCAGUUCAGAUCGGCAAGAUGGAACUGCUCCAUCACCUCGGAAAAUCCGGAUAAUAUUUUUGGCGGCGUGAUGCUAGUCAACAGUCGCGAAGCAGCAUUUGUAUAUGCAAUAUCGGCGGCAGGGGUUGCUUAUAGCGUCACCAGAGCUUGUUCCAGGGGCGAACUCACCGAUUGCUCGUGCGACAACCGGGUCAGAACACGCCAUCCGAAUAAUUGGCAAUGGGGCGGCUGUAGCGAGGAUAUUCAUUUUGGAGAGAAGUUCUCGCGAGAAUGGUCAGACAGUGGCGAAGAACCUGUAAAAGAGGGUGUGCUGCAUGGACCGAAAGGGCUGGCUGGCCAGCUAAUGAGGAAGCACGAUAGUGAAGCUGGCAGGCGUGCAGUCCGCUCAAGAAUGCAACGCGUAUGCAAGUGUCACGGAAUGUCUGGCUCAUGCAGCGUACGUGUUUGUUGGAGAAAAUUACCAGCAUUUAGGGUAGCUGGUGCAGCAUUAGCCGCAUUACACGAAGGCGCAGCUUUGGUACGAUUGGCACAACGUGGUGGAAGAAGACCAGCGAGAUUGAGGCCUGCCCGUCCAGAUCUCAAACGACCUAAUAAAACGGAUUUAGUAUAUCUUGAAGAUAGUCCUGAUUAUUGCGAAAAAAAUAUAACGCUCGGUAUUCCCGGGACAAGAGGAAGGAUAUGCAAUCGAACGUCUCUUGGAUUGGACGGAUGUCGAUUAUUAUGCUGCGGUCGGGGUUAUCAAACGAGAGUCCGAGAUGUGACAGAAAAAUGCAACUGUCGAUUUGUCUGGUGUUGUCACGUGAAGUGCGAGCUGUGUCGACACAAACGAGAGGAGCACGUGUGCAAUUAGGCGGUGAAGAAAACAAAAAAAAAAAAAGAAAAAGAAAAAAGAGCGAUAAAAUUACAUUCCGAUCGGCCUACCUACCGAAAGGUGCUUAAUGACCCCGCGUCGAGGUAACGUCUAUGAUCCCUCGAUACACGAUGGUCCAUUCUCAUGGCCGCGAUGGAAUCAAGGUAGAGACUGUACAUCUACCAUCUCUGUAUUUUUCUUUUUCUAAUUUUUUUUUUUUUUUUUGUAUUUUAUAUUUUCUCCGUUUAAGUUAACUUAUCGAAGCUAAUCUGGCUUCUGAUAUGGAAAAUAGUUGCGAGACGAGUAGAGAAAACCGCCGCGAGAGGCUACGAAGUGUGACACGUUUUCGUUAUUGUGCAUUUUGUACCUGACAGUCAGAGUGUCGUAAGUCCACCGCGUUUCAGCAAUCAUCGAUUUUGGGUGCAUACCGGAUGGUUAAAAGAAUAUAUCUAUAUGUAUUUUGGAAUUUACAGAACAAUAUCAUUGAUCACCUUUAAUAUCUCUUGUUAUUUUUGAUGAUAAAAAUAAAUAUAAAAUAUAUAAAAAAUUAAAUAAUCUUAAGAAUAAUCUCAUGAAACAAUAAAUAAUCUUAAUGUGUUUUGUAAUACAUUUUAUUUAACUUUAAAUAAUGUUAAAAGAAUUGAUAAUCUUGAUAAUAAUAAAUUUAAAACUAAUGAUUUUUCUCUAUGAUACAUUGUUAAUCACAUUUGAUGGAGAUAUUCAAGGUAAUAAUAAAAAAUGGAAUAUCCUAUAAAGUGAAAUCUCAAUUAAAAAAUUUUUGUCAGAAAACUGGAAUCGUCUCAGUAUUAGCAUUGCGACAGUAAGUACAAGAUAUUUGUAAAGAUGCAUUAACGUGGCUUAUUAUACUAGUCUGGCUCUCGGGUGCAUCAUUAUUUAUGUAAAUGUUAAUAUAUUGAGAAUAAAAUAUGGAAAUCACUUCAAUUUCAAAGAAUAUUUAAAAAUGUUAUGGGAAUUGGCUUCGAUCAUAUAGGAUCCAGGCAAACAUGUGAAAUGAGCAUAGGAUAAAAUAAGAAAAAAAAAACGAAAAACAAAAUUUUUUUAAAGUUUCAUUUUUGAAAAAAAUUUGAAAAUUUUUCGAGCACAAAUAAUAUUGAUUAAUUUCUAGAUUGAAUGAAUUAUUAAUAGAAAAUUAUUCUACAUAUAAAAAAAAGCAAAAAAUAAAGAAUUAAUUUUAUUUAUUUCAUUUAAUUUUUAGAAAAAAGUAAAUUUUAGAAUUAAUUUGAUUUUAUUUUUUUUCUUCUUAUUUUUUUCAUAAAGAAUAUUCUAUCUGCUUAUACAUGUCUGCUUAUUCAGCUGGAUUCUGUAUAAAGACAUAAUGUUAAAUACAUAAUAGUAUUCCUAUUGUACUACCAUUUACAUAAUCGAUAUUAAAUCUUUCGGACAAAAAUCUUUUUUUUUUCAAUCAAUUUUUUAUUUGAAAACAAUUAAAAGUAUUCGCGACACGCUGAUCUCAUGCUGAAACUCAAUAUGUUGAUAAUUUACAGUUUUUAUUGAUAUGAGAGAGAGAAAGAGAGAAUGAAAGAGUGAAAGAAUGAUGAUAGUAUGAAGCAUGCAUGUGUUGCGCGUGAAUAAGAUAAUGUUGAAUAAGCGAGCCUCUGAGCACGAAAAUGAAAUAGAGUAAUAUAGACGAGAUAUGAGGCCAUAUUCAACAACCAUUCUUCUUUUUCUAUUUCUUUUUUUUCUAUUUCCUUUCUUUAUAUUUUUUCUUUUCUUUUAUUUUUUUGUUUGUGCUCAUAUAUUUGCGUAUGCCAUGAGAGUCUUAUUUAUAUUCGAAGUAAAGACCUUCACAAUGUGUAGGUAUCUCAUUGUAUACCAAUGCUCUCUAGUAUGUAGAACCACCUUGUCUUCACUUAAAUAUGAAGUGAACUAUAAUGAGCGGUAAAAAUAUACUUAUACUUUUUGCAGAUGUAAAAACAAAAUGCUAUAAAUAGUUAAGCUGAAGUUUUUAAAAUAUUGUUCUGAUUAUGAAAAAUUUAAUAAUAUUAAUUAUAUUAUACAAUUAACAAUAAGAUGCAUAAUAUUGAAAAUAUUUACGAUAACAUAAAAUUUAUUAAAAUUAAAAAUUUUAAAACAUAAUUUUCAAUAUUUAACAAUUUUUGAUUUUGAUACAUCAAUGUUAUGUUGUAGAAUUUAAAGUAAUAAUAAAUUUCAUGUUUUAAUAAAAACAAAUUUUAAAAGAUUAAAAGAUACUGUUUAAUAAUAAGAGGUAAUUUAAUAAGAAGAAGUUUAUUUUAUAACGACUUGCAGCUUAUUAUUUAUUCAGAUUGUAUAACUUGGGAUCAUAUUUCAAAAGUUUCAGCAUAACUCAUAUGAUCUGUGCACAUUAUGCUUCAUAUUUGCAAGCGUCUAAAUACUUUCUUAACUCAAUAUACACGAUUUGCGAUAUGUCAACUGUGUAUAAUACGAGUUAUAAGAAAUGAGGUGGACUACAAAAGUGAGAUCGGAGAGAAAUGUAGCAAGAAAAAAUAGGCCGCUUUAGUGAUACAUAUCCGCUUUUGACAGUUCGCCUCGAGUCGCUCGACUCGAAAACAAUUGACUGUACAUACUAUCUUCUUACUGUUUUGUAGAUUUUACAAUCGUAACUGCCGCACUGUAUAUAGAUAAACAUAUAUACACAAGAGCAUACGUAUAAUUAGUGGAAGAUUAUAAAUUAAAACAACAAAAUGUUAAAAAUUAAGUUGACAUCAAAUAUAAGCGAAAUUCUAUAAUUUCUUAUUUUCUCCAAUAUAUUUAUCUCUUAAAGUAUGUAAACUUUAAUAUCUGAUAAAGUUUAAUAAUAUUAUUAUUAUUAUUGCUUUCGCUAAUUGUAUGUAUACAUAUAUAUAUAUAUUUAUAUAACAUUUUUGAAAAUUUGAUUCUAGAGAUCAAACAAAUACAAAAAUUUUGAUUGAGAUUUAUUUAUUAAAUUAUAAACGAUUUGAAUUUGCGUUAGAAAUGAGACGGAACUAGAGUGAGAUAGUUUAUUUUCAUAUUUCAUAUCUCAUUCUAACUUCAUCUAAUACAAAUUUUAAUUACUUAUAACUGAAUAAAUAAAUCAAUCAAUAUUUUUAUAUCAAUUUUUUUGUUUGUGUUGAUUUCUACAAAUGACUCUUCAAAGGUGUUCCAUGAAUACAUUAAUUUGUAUUUAAAACACCUAUAUUUAAAUAUGUUAAUUAGGUUCAUUGAAAAUUGCAUUAAAUAGGAGAAGAAGAUAAAACUGGAAUUUUUAAAAAAGAGUGAUUGCUCUUGUGUUUUCUAUGAUCUGUCAUUUUCUUCUUACUUUUUUUUUUUAUUCUUUAUUUUAUUUCUUUAUUUUUUAUUCAUCAUCAAUAUUCAUUGGUAUCUUUUAUUAUAUUUUUUAGGAAAUAACAAUUUUGUAAUAUCUCAUUGCGCGAAGUGGAAGAUGCCUUUUCGUCGCAUUUCAGCUACGCUGAUCUAGAUAGAUCACAGUCUAGUCAAUUACGAAGUCCGAAUUGAUCAUAUAUCACGAUCUCUCAAUUAUAAUUGCUCGAUAAUUUUUCGCUUUUACAAGGCAAUUCUUUUUUUUUUUUAUUCUCUUCUGCUAUUUUUUUAUAUCAAGAAAAUAUUCUUUAUAUCGAAGAAUAUAUACAUAUACAUAUUAUACAUACAUAUAUACAGAUUUUUACUUCAUAUUUUUCUUUUUUAUAAAGAUUAUGAAUUUUUUUUAGAACAAAGAUCAGUUUAUUCUAUAUUUUAUAUAUAAUAUAUAUAAGUACUAAUAUAUAUAAAUAUAAUAUAUAUAAGUACUUAUGUAAUAAUUGUUUUCUUUUUUUUAUUAAUUGAGAUAAUGCAAAAUUAAUAUGAAACUAUUAUGAAUUAACGACGACGAUAUGCAAAUAUACAAAAUGUUUCAUUUAAAUUAAAUCUUUCAAUUAAAAUAUUUAAAUAUUUUAAAAAUUUAAUAAUUUCAUAUUUUAAAUAAAAUAAUCAAUUUAUAAAAUUUCUUGUUUUUUGAUUUAUUUUUAAAGAAUUAUAUAAUAUAAUAUCGAUUAUAUCGAAAUAAUUGGUAGACAAAUCCAUUCAUAAAUAAACAAUUUUCAAAUAUGAAUAUUUAAUUAAAAUAAUACAUUACAAAAAAUUAAUCAAUCAUUUUUAAAUACUCAAGAAAUACAAACAUUGCUAUAUAUGCCAAUAUAUAGCAAUAUUAUAUAUAUUAUAUAUAAAUUAUUAUAUAAACAUAUACUUAUAUACACAUAUAUGUAUUCUUUUUUCAUUAUAAAAAACAUGAUGAAAAAACGCUUGAUAUUAAUCUAUUUGAUUGAAAUCUAAAAAAAUAAAUUUGAAAACAUAACUUUAGUAUUGAAUUUUAUAGAAUGAAACAAUUUGUAUAUUCGUCACAUAAAUAAAUCAUUCUUUGUUCAAAUGGCAUAAAUAAAACAAUUGAUUUAAUUAGAAGAACAUGGCCUUAAAAGAGAGAGCGAGCGAGCGAGCGAGCGAGAAAGAGAGGGAGAGAGAAAAUCGUAUGAAUUAUAGGUACCGAUUCGUCCGUACUUUUAUAAAGAUUUAAGCGAUAAACGCACACGAGCGAGCACUCGUGCAACGAAACAACAUACAGAGCGCAGUAUUGAUAAAUUGUAAUUUAUUUUUCUCUCCUCGUCAACGAUAAUAUGCUACUAUCGUACUUUCUAGCUUUUUCCAAUCAAUCAUCAAUCAUUCUUAUCAAUCAAAUAUUCUCAUAAUAGUUACAUCUCUUCAUUAGCAAUGAGAUAAACCCUAGCUCGUACCAUUUGUAUUUGUAUGUACCUGUACUCUACGUGCAUUUAUAUAAAUACAUAUGCGAAAAAUGAUCGUAA